GUGUCCUUGUGCUGAAACGACACAAUGAAUUUGUAAACUACUGUUACUUGAUAAUGUUGUCCACUAGAUAUAAGGAGUCCUCUAAAUCCAUCGGUCAAUUUUCUGUGGAUUCACAUGGACCCAAAAUAACCAAAUCAUGGAGUUUACGGGAUAGUUUUUUUGGUUUGAGACGUGGUCGAGGGUCGAUUUCGGAAACUCAUGGAUGGCAGUAUAUUGCCCCAAAGCUGUAUCAGUUAGAAGAUCAGUUUCAUCAUCCAGCUUCAAAAUGUGAUGUUUGGCGUUCUCUUUGUCCUCAAGAGUUACCUAAUGCAGCUGUUUAUCCCUUAAUACCUGUUUACAGUUUGUCUAAUAAAGUCUUUGCUUCCUCUACAGGCCCCAAAAAGGGCUUGUUAGCGGUGAAAAAGUGGCAUGGGUCAAAGGACAGCCACAAUGUCUACCAUUCCAACUACUGGAAGACAAUAGAGAAUCGAAAAGCACAUGGGAUAUCUGUUUCUCUAUACGAGAAAAAUAUAUUUACUGGAAAACCAAAUGGUGGUCCCAUUGCUGAUGCAUUCGUUGUACGAGCUCGACAUGAUUCUGCCUAUUUAGCUGUGGCAGAUGGUGUAAAUUGGGGCAACGAAUCAAUGAAAGCUGCUAGAUCAGCGAUUUCAGCUAUUUACACCUAUUUAGAAUCUCAUUUAUUUGGUUGUAUGAAAGAGAAACACAACGUAAAAGACACAAGAGAUGCGGCCCAAUUAUUAUUUGAGGCUUUUUCUUUUGCUCAAGAGGAAAUUGUUUCCAUUACCACUGGUCUUACUACUCUUUGUGUUGCAUUAAUUUUACCGGUACUAACAACUACAACCUAUGAAUCACAUGGAUUAACAAAUGAACAAACUUCAGCAUAUGGCAAAGCUCAAUUUUCUGUUAUAAUAGCAAGCGUUGGUGAUUGUCAAGCAUUUCUUUUAAGUAAAUUCCAUGGUAUACGUGAAAUAACCGGUUGGAUAAGAACCUCUGUCUUGUCAUCUGAUAAUUUAUCAACACAAUCAAAUGAACAAAAUAAAUUAGAGAAAAUACUUGGACCACCUGUACGGGAUUUUCGAGAUACUGGUGGUGCAUUGGGUGCUGUGUAUAAAAAUGGCAAUCCAGAAUUAAACAAUCUUAUAUGUGCUGUAACACUUUGUGAUCCAGGUGAUAUAGUUCUGCUUGGAUCAGAUGGACUAAUCGACAAUUUCGAUCCAGUUAUUACACAACUAGCUGUUCCUGAAUCACCGCAUUUAGAUUUUGUUGAUGAAGAUGAUGAACACGAAGGACAAGGUGGUGAGGAGGAAAGCUCAUCCAUCGAUGAUAUAGGUAUUCAUGAAGUAAACAAUAACAACAAAAAUUCUGUCAAAAGUACUUCAUCUUUAUCUUCAGAUUCUUUAAGGUGUAAUUUUAAUAAAUCGCCAACUUCACCAUUAUCUCGCCCAUCCAAAUCAUUGCUACAUAAUUCUCCUUUAACCCCACCACCUCGAGUAAAUAUUUGGCCACCCCCCCCACCCCCACCAAGUGAUCCAACAAAAUUAACUUAUACACCCGUUACAAAUAUAAAUACUACUAACAGUAAUAAUAAUAACAAUAAUACUAAUGAUAACGAUGAAACUGAGACAAUUUAUGCACAUCAAAUUAACUUCACCAAUCAACUUGAAUUAAACUGGUAUGAACGUAGAAAAUAUGCAGCGAAAGAAUUAGAACGUGUGUGGCAUGAAUUAGAUAUUAGUACAGAGAAUGCUAGUAGUAAAAAAGGCACUUUUAGUUCCAAAGAUUUAUGCGAAGCACUAAUUAAUCAUGCAUACAGAAUUACAACAAAACGACGUGAAUGGUUAGAGAAUCCGGAUUAUGCACAUUUAAGACAAAAUCAAAAUGUAGUACAAAACAAUAAUGAUAAUAAUAAUAAUAACAAUAAUAAUAAUAAACACUUUGAUAAUACUUAUUCAACUGAUUCACAAAGAAAAUGGUUUAAUGAUAUGCUUAGACGUAUGCCUGGUAAAUUAGAUCAUGCAACUGUAGUUGCCUAUGAAGUUGGAGUUUAUCGUGGUAAUGAAAAUGAAGUAUAUGAAGAGACAGCUCAUCGGUUUCUUGCCGCAAAUAAUUCGAACUCUCCAACUAAUCACUCAAUUAUAACACAUUCAGAGCCAUAAUAAUAAUAAUAAUAAAGUAACUUAAGAAAAAGCACACUAUACUUGUAUAUGCAAUAAGUGAUCUUAGAUAUCAGGUAUUCCCAUUUCCAUUUAUUCAUUAUUUGUUUUUUUUAAUAUUUUUAAAGAUGGUUCUUACUUUCUUUUUUGUAUAGAUAUAUAUAUAUUUUUUCGGUGUUGUUGUUUAUCUUCUCAUCAUAAAAAUAGGUUACCAUAUUAAAAGGUUGUUAUUAUUUUUUACCAAAUUAUGAGUAUUUAUAUCAUUAGUAGCUUUUAUUUAUAAACAUGAAUAAGAUCAUACUACAUAAUAUAGACACAAAUACAUGUAUAUCAUACCUUCAUUCAAUGUCUCAAUCCCAACAUAAAUCAAUGUUUUUUUUCUGUAACUACGCUUAUAUAACCAGUCUACAUAUUUCUCUUCACAAAAAGGAUGAAUAUUUAUUUAAAUAAGGAUCUUUUCUUAUGUUAUUUUUGUUAUGUACAGUACAUUGUAAGCUUUUAUGCUGAAUAUUUAAAAAAAAUGAAUGAAUGAAUGAACG